UAUGCUGCUGACAGGAGCCCCCCACGCAGGAACUGCUGUAGAAAUCCUUUAGUGCCCCUUCCUUAGGAAAACUGGUGGCUUCCAGAUCACAGCUCAGUUUUUAAGACAGGCACAAGCUGGACAAUCUCUCAAUGGACUUUAAACUUUGAAUUGGAUGUGGACAUUUUUCUCUCCGAUGACAGAAUCACUGCAACUUCCCGUUUGCAGUUGCUUCCUUUCCUUAAAGGUAGCUGUGUCUUGUUUUCUUUAAAACCCUUUUCCUUCCAGAUCUGCCUGCCAUGCCUACCGUCAUUAGCUCGUCUGUGGCCCCUCGGACAGAGGCUGAGCCCAGGUCCCCGGGGCCAAUCCCCCAAGCAGCCCAGGGCAAGAACACCGAGGCCGGGGGCGGAAACCCAAGUGGCAUCUACUCAGCCAUCAUCAGCCGCAAUUUUCCCAUUAUCGGAGUGAAAGAGAAGACAUUUGAGCAGCUUCACAAGAAAUGUCUAGAAAAGAAGGUUCUUUAUGUGGAUCCUGAGUUCCCACCGGAUGAGACCUCUCUCUUUUAUAGCCAGAAGUUCCCCAUCCAGUUCGUGUGGAAGAGACCUCCGGAAAUUUGCGAGAAUCCCCGAUUUAUCAUUGGUGGAGCCAACAGGACUGACAUCUGUCAAGGAGAUCUAGGGGACUGCUGGUUUCUCGCAGCCAUCGCUUGCCUGACCCUGAAUAAGCGCCUGCUUUUCCGAGUCAUACCCCAUGAUCAGAGCUUCACCGAAAACUACGCAGGGAUCUUUCACUUCCAGUUCUGGCGCUACGGAGACUGGGUGGACGUGGUUAUUGAUGACUGCCUGCCAACUUACAACAAUCAACUGGUUUUCACCAAAUCCAACCACCGCAAUGAGUUCUGGAGUGCUCUGCUGGAGAAGGCUUAUGCUAAGCUCCAUGGUUCAUAUGAAGCCCUGAAAGGUGGGAACACUACAGAGGCCAUGGAGGACUUCACAGGAGGAGUGACAGAGUAUUUUGAAAUCAGGGAUGCUCCCAGAGACAUGUACAAGAUCAUGAAGAAAGCCAUCGAGAGGGGCUCCCUCAUGGGCUGCUCCAUUGAUGAUGGCACAAACAUGACCUAUGGAACCUCUCCCUCUGGGAUGAAUAUGGGGGAGUUGAUUGCACGGAUGGUGAGGAAUAUGGAUAACUCGCGGCUCAGUGACUCAGACCUCCUUCCCAGAGGCUCAGAUGACAGACCGACCCGGACCAUUGUUCCAGUUCAAUACGAGACAAGAAUGUCCUGCGGGCUGGUCAAAGGCCAUGCCUACUCAGUCACUGGGCUGGAGGAGGCCCUGUUCCAGGGCGAGAAAGUGAAGCUGGUGCGGCUGCGGAACCCCUGGGGCCAAGUGGAGUGGAAUGGCUCCUGGAGUGACAGUUGGAAGGACUGGAGCUUUGUGGACAAAGACGAGAAGGCCCGUCUGGAGCACCAGGUCACUGAGGAUGGAGAGUUCUGGAUGUCAUAUGAUGAUUUCAUCUACCAUUUCACAAAGCUGGAGAUCUGCAACCUCACAGCUGAUGCCCUGGAGUCCGACAAGCUUCAGACUUGGACCGUGUCCGUGAAUGAGGGCCGCUGGGUGAGGGGGUGCUCUGCUGGAGGCUGCCGCAACUUCCCAGACACUUUCUGGACCAACCCGCAGUACCGUCUGAAGCUCCUGGAGGAGGAUGAUGACCCUGAUGACUCUGAGGUGAUCUGCAGCUUCCUAGUGGCCCUGAUGCAGAAGAACCGGCGGAAGGACCGGAAGCUGGGGGCCAACCUCUUCACCAUCGGCUUCGCCAUCUACGAGGUUCCCAAAGAGAUGCAUGGGAACAAGCAGCACCUGCAGAAGGACUUCUUCCUGUACAACGCCUCCAAGGCCAGGAGCAAAACCUACAUCAACAUGCGGGAGGUGUCUGAGCGCUUCCGCCUGCCUCCCAGCGAGUACGUCAUUGUGCCCUCCACCUACGAGCCCCACCAGGAGGGGGAGUUCAUCCUCCGGGUCUUCUCUGAAAAGAGGAACCUCUCUGAGGAAGUUGAAAAUACAAUCUCCGUGGAUCGGCCAGUGCCCAUCAUCUUCGUUUCAGACAGAGCAAACAGCAACAAGGAGCUGGGUGUGGACCAGGAAUCAGAGGAGGGCAAAGACAAAACAAGCCCCGAUAAACAAGAGAAAUCCCCACAGGUUUCUGAGCAUGUGCAUGAGAGGGGUGGCCAGCCCACAACUGAGCCACAGCCUGGCAACACUGACCAGGAAAGUGAGGAACAGCAACAAUUCCGCAACAUUUUCAGGCAGAUAGCUGGCGAUGACAUGGAGAUCUGUGCAGAUGAGCUCAAGAAUAUCCUUAACAGAGUUGUGAGCAAACAUAAGGACCUGAAGACACAAGGGUUCACGCUCGAGUCCUGCCGUAGCAUGAUUGCUCUCAUGGACACAGAUGGCUCUGGGAGACUGAACCUGCAAGAGUUCCAUCACCUCUGGAAGAAGAUUAAGGCCUGGCAGAAAAUUUUCAAGCACUAUGACUCAGACCAGUCCGGCACCAUCAACAGCUAUGAGAUGCGAAAUGCAGUCAAUGACGCAGGAUUCCACCUCAACAACCAGCUCUAUGACAUCAUCACCAUGCGCUAUGCAGACAAGUACAUGAACAUCGACUUCGACAGUUUCAUCUGCUGCUUCGUCAGGCUGGAGGGCAUGUUCAGAGCUUUUCAUGCAUUUGACAAGGAUGGAGAUGGUAUCAUCAAACUCAACGUUCUAGAGUGGCUGCAGCUCACCAUGUAUGCCUGAACCAAGCUGGCCUCAUCCAAGGCCAUGCAGGAUCGCUCAGGAUUUCAAUUUCACCCAACAGAGCCAGAGACACUUACCUCAGAGGACACGGUAGCUGCACCCCCAGCAGGCUUCCGGGCGCCUCAUGAGUCUUGUUCCUCCUCUGCUUCACACUCCCCUCUCAGCCUCAGGGCAUCUGUCCAUCUGUCAUGCCCAGCCUGAUCCUUUAGUUAAGGAAUGAGGAAGGGAGAACAACUUUGUCCCUUUGCUACAUGGAGGCAAGUGUCUCUGUCUGCCUCAGCUAGCUACAGUGCAGUGAGAGCUUUGCUUGGAGUCUGAGUGGCCUCAGCUCUGAGGCAAAUGUUCUCCCUAGCUUGCCCUAGGCUGUUCGCAGAAGCAGCUGGCAGUGGCACUCAGCACUUCCUCGUGCUAGAGCCCUCUAUCACCUUUACGUUCUCCCACCCACGGGACAGUAACCCAACGGGCACUUAGUUCCACCUGACUGUUUCAGGAUGGGCCUGCUCUGGGGUAAACAAGCUCACUGGAAGAGGGCUGAACACUUUGGGUUAUCUGACUCAUAAGUCUGGCUGCAUUCUGAAAAACACUGAUCUAAAUAAAGGCACAUGUAUGGCUGGUU